GCUAGCUGACCAAUUUAGCGGCUUUUACUGUUGGGUUGGAAGAUAAAAAGCAGUAUGAACGGAGCAAUGAACGUCGGGCACCAUUGCCGAAGGGAUUCGUGUUGCGUUAAGCGGCCAGUUAAUUUAGCUUACUAUGAAUCUGCUAAAGAAAAUUGCGAGGAAGAACGUGUCCAAAAAUGACACCGCAGGAAUUGCCACUCAAGACAGUUUCGAAAUAGUUGGCUAUGAGGACGCAAAGGAGAGAAUUUACGAUGACGAUACAGCGGAAACCAUUGACAAUGGCGACGCAGCCGAAAUCACGGGAAGAAAUAUGCAGUACCGGUACUCACACACGGACUACAUUGGACGCGGAUCGUUUGGCGUUGUUUAUAAAGCCAAAGUAACAAAACGCGGCAGUUACACGGGAGAGCAGGCCAUCGCUGUCAAAGUGAUACACGCUCAAUACACAGAUCACUCUUCGGAUGCUGAGGAAAAAGAAAGCUGGACGAAUGCCCUGGCAAGAUUGAGGCGGCUCACUGAACUAUCUCACAAGCAUCUCGUGGUUUAUCACAAAGUCUCCAUUACCCCUGCUUCCGGUGGAGUCACCGUCGAGCUGGUAAUGGAUUACUACAAAGGGGACCUUGCUUCGCUCCUGAAGGAAACAAAAAGCAAUGAAGACAAGCGAAUCAACUUUACUUAUAGACAAGUCAUCAAAUUCACGAUACAUAUAGUUCGUGGACUGGAGUUUUGCAUCAUAAUAACAUAAUCCAUGGAGAUUUAAUGCCCGGGAACAUCCUUGUAAAAACUGGUGAAGAUGACCGCGAAAAACUGGUGAUCGGCGAUAUAGACGAUUUAGUUGAAAUGCGUCAAAGCCACACUUGUUCCAGCGAUGCAUCGCAUGUCCAUGGUACGACGCGGUAUAUGUCACCAGAAAUGCUGAAAAAAUUAUUCCGUAUAGCGCUAGAACUGCCGGCAGGAAGAAAAACGGACAUCUGGAGUUUGGGCUGCAUAAUUCUGGAGAUGGCCGAAUGUUUGAUAAGUAUGCCUAAAAAGCGCCUCGCACUGGACGGGAAAAUUGUGGAUGUUGAAACCAAUAUGAAUGAUACUCAGUACGCCCAUCUGAUUAUCGACGGUUAUGUGCCGUUGGUGGAUGGCGCCAUUGCGGAAAACUUGGCGCCGGUCAUCCAGCACUGCUUGCGACGAGACGUUACGAAACGACUAUGCGCAGACGCACUGCUACGUAUUUUCAAGAUACAGAAGAGACGUGUUAUAGUAUUUUAUCCUCACCCCGGUCAUCACAUCGAUCAUGUGCUGAUAUUUGAUCCAUCCACUAAUUCCUUUAUUAAUCAAGAAGUGUCCGGAUCACCUUCAGCCGUAUGGGGACCAUAUGCCGUGUUAGCCGGUCCAAAAUCAGAAGUGAUAUUCGUUCAGCGAGUAAAAACUCAUGCGGGUGGUGUAAAUAACGUGUUCCACUUCUGGAACCUGGUGGAAGGGAGAUGGCGUGAGAUUGCGCCUUCCAGGUCCCCAUUAUUCAAAGAAGCGAUUGCAGUGAAGCGCCGGGUCUACCUUUGGAACAAAAUGAAAUUCUUUGUGGAAAUGAACGCGUUUUCCGGAAGGAUUGUCUCGCUGAACACACCUAGGAAAACUUAUCGUUGGAGUCAUGAGGCGCCAAGUGCAGUGGCAAAAUGUGGCAACCACAUUUUCUAUACCACAUGGGACUGUUUGCUGCGAUAUGACACAGAGAACCACGAUUGGAGGUCCCUGCCAAAUUUGCCGGAGAUGCGAUGGGACUUUGCAGUGGCGGUCGUCAAAGGAUACAUGUACGUUAUCGGCGGGAAGGUACCUAACUCUGUAGGCGGCGAUGCCGAGCGUGUUGCAACUGCUGACUGCGUUCGUCUGAACCUGGAUGCUCCUGAUCCUGUUUGGGAAAAUGUACAGCCGCUUGCGCAACCCAGAUACUGGCAUGCAGCUUGCGUUGUCCAAGAUCGCAUAUACGUCUGCGGCGGCAGACAUGCUGCAGAGCAGCACGCGCUGGCAAUAGAGUUUUACGACACCAAAAGCGACGAAGGAUGGGCGACGGUCACCUUGCCGGAGAAGGAUAUCCAGCUGCUAUCAAAUUUCGCCGCAGUUAUUAAACCGGGUGAUCCGUGGUAUGGAUUAUUAUUUGCGCUGACCGUUGAUAUGGAAAGUGACAUUGUGAUAGACCUUCCUGAUUCUGAUUAAACCACGUCUGCGAUUAGGCAGUCAGUGUAUUUUCAGAAACCAACAAAGACUGCUGUUUUGUUAAAAAGCUGAGAAAAGUGUAUUUAUAAUCGUCUCACAACAGAAUUGUUUACACAGGAACUUCUAACCGAAAUUAUGUAGUUUGGCAGUAGGAAAAACCGGAACGGUAAUGGCAAUGGGCUGCAACCUUGCGCUGCGUACUAAUUGCCAUGAAAAGCAGUCUAGCUAUCUCAUCGGUUUGCCGUCCGUGCAUAGAUGUUAUAGCAGUUUCAUCUGUCAGCUAGACUUUCGUUUUUCCACCCGCGUGGUAUCACGUCUGUGGGCCGUGGCUACGCUGAUAGUGCAUAUAGGUAUAUAUAUUUUGUUUUGUUAUCCUGGCAGUGG